AUGAUCACGAACGAGGCGAUUAAGAUGAGGCGGUUCACGGCAGGGUUGAGGAGCAGUAUUCACUUAAAGAUGUGUUGUGCCAGUAUCAGAACAUAUGCCGAGCUCAUCGAUAUGUCGACACUGGCGGAGCAGGAUGAGAAGCGUGUCGCACGGGCCUGUUCACAGUUAGGGCCACGAAACAGGAUGGAGGGACCGUCCUCUUCCUUUGCAGGAAAAAGGUCGUGCCCUAACUCUCCACCCCGACUGGCCGCUACACCGGUCCCUCCUGCACGACCUGCCCAGGCAUGUAGCUACUAUAAGAGGGCGGGCCACUCUGAGCUUUAUUGUUUUACCAGGAUGAGGGACCUCGACUUCACGCCGCCACAACGCAACAGUAGGCCCCCACAACAAGCCUUACAGAUUUCGCCCCUACGGGCAAUGGAGUCUAGUCAGCAAUUUCACCGACCACCACCACCUCAAGUGGAAACCGGCGCUACUGUUUCACUUGUAUCGCAUGCAACCGUCAAGCGAUUAGGGCUACGCCUCACUCCUAUCAUAGGGGUGAGAAUCAUUGCCGCCGCCAGAACUAUUUCUGAAGCGACGAGGAUGUGUUGUGAUUACCCCAUAGACUUGGGGGGCAAGGUGGUACUCGUCGAUCUGAUCUCAACUAAGGUUUUCCAUUACGACGUCAUUCUGGAUAUGGACUGGUUAACACCGAUGAAGGCGGAAAUCGAUUGUGAAACAAGGAUAGUGAAAAUAUACGAGGGUGAUGAAGUUCCCUUCAUGUUCCCAUUCCAGGUCAGCCACCAAGAAAGAAUUUUGUGUUAUGCUUCAUUGGAGGAGGGUUAUGAUGGACCCUCGAUAACAGACACACCCGUGGUCCAAGAUUUUUGGGACAUAUUUAAGAUCAUACCUAGACUUCCACCUCGAUGUGAGAUAGACUUCACGAUCAAUCUAGUUUCGGGUACCAAGCCCAUCUCCUUGCCUACUUACCGCAUGCCCCCAUAUGAGAUGGAAGAACUGCGAUUCGUCAUCGUGUUCAUCGACGACAUAUUGAUUUAUUCAAAGAGCCGUGAAAAGCAUGGAGAACAUUUAAGGGCAGUCUUCGAGACCUUAGAGAAAAAUCAACUGUUUGCACAAUUUAGGAAAUGCGCCUUCUGGAAGGAGGAUGUCAAAUUUCUGGGACAUGUCGUGUCCAAGGGAGGGAUAUCUAUGGAUCUUGCCAAGGUGGCGGCGGUACAAGAUUGA